UAUAUCACCCGAGUUCGCUCCACGCAUAUCUCUGCCAGACCGACACUGAAGUGGACGCAAGCAUGUGUGGGCUUUUUAGAUGGUUUGCGAUAGUACAACGUUAAACAAAGACAGGUUGGGAUAAUGGCUUCUAUACAUACUUACAUAUAUGAGAGGUCUUACAUGUUUACUUUAUGAGACGGAAAGAGACUCCAGUCGAUCUGUCGCCACCCCGUAUCCACUUGUGCUGGUAAAAAAAAAGUCAGUCAGUCAGCCCAGCAUCGAGCAGUCAUGGCAGCAGACCGGACACGGACAACACUUGAAGAAAAUGACGACGUUCACCGAACAGAUGAAGGAUUCCAGGAGCAGGCUGGCCAUGUACCCAAGAGACAUGGCCGGGUCACGGUCAAGUACAACCGGAAAGAGUUGCAGAGGCGGCUCGACGUCGAGAAGUGGAUCGAUGAGAGCCUGGAUGUGCUCUACGCUGGUCAGGAAGGAGAUAUACCAGAAGAGGUGAAUAUUGACGAUUUAAUUGACCUACCAGAUGAUAUGCAACGCAUGAACAAGUUGCAGGAGCUUCUUCAAACCUGUAAUAAUAAUACAGAGACUUUCAUCCGAGAGCUGGUGGAGAAGCUCGAGGGAGUUCACAGGCAGGAAGAGCUCCAGAGCGAAGGCAUCGAGCAUCCGGUCAUCUGUCACAGCCACCAUCGCCAUGAGCCUUAUCACUUCAACAACCCGCACCACGUCCAACAAGCCCCAGGCCAGAACCAGACCCUCUGACGAAACCCACACUCAACACACACACUGUAGUUAAGGCAGCACCAAGUACAGUAACUAAUGUCAUCAACAAUCCACCUACAAAAGUUAUUAUAAUGAUGUAUUUUGCAAGUCAAGUGCAUGCAAAUUCACAUGCAAAAACAUUUAGACAAACAUUUAAAGGAUUUUGACUGCACUUCGUUCGAGAGAGGAAGGAAGUUACUGUGCCCUAAAUUUAAAACUUUAAACUGUCAUUCAUAGUUUUCUAAUGUAAAUGCUUUGAAUAGUCAGGCACUUAUAAUUGACUCAGCUAUUUGACUUCUCAUAGGUUGAAUCACGAUUUGAUUACUGCACUGCACAUAUAGCCAUUAUACCUCCUUGUCAUAGUGUUAUUGCGUGUCAGGCGAAGGAUUUAACAUAGCAACAUCAUACACUCACAUUAAUCUUCACUUGUCUAAUGGCAUUUCACUUUUGAUCUUCUGCUUCUACACAGUCAUCAAAACAACACUGAUUUGCUAAUAAAGAUAAUAUUUUUCA